GCCAGGCCACCCAGCUCAUCUAUCGAACGCCGUUGCUCGUGUCUCUGGUGAUAGACACAAUAGACAGCUGAGUCAACAUUAAGGAGCUUGGAACCACUACCUCUCCUGCCACACUCAGAGACCACCAACUCUCUGAUCUCUGCUACGCUGGAAACGAAUUACUCUGACGCGAUCGUCUGAUCUGCCAAAUCAGAGCCCUGCCAGUCAGUGUUGUGAAGCAGAUCGUAUCAGUGUUUGUCCUAGAAGCGGUAUUCAGUCCCGUGAAGCGAACCAACUGACUGCAAUACUUCGAUCAUACUGGAUAUCAAACCGGAACUGAUAUUUUUCAUUUUUGUACCGACGGAGUGAAUGGAAACCGGAGCCAGGGCCAGUAGAGCAUUACCCUCGCUGUGUGAUGCUCACUUAUUGCGUCCCGUCGACUCUCUUCCUCCUCGUAGCUCUCACUUCCCACACACCACGAAAUCGAGAACCACUAAUAUCCUAAACGUAUCGCCUAAUCCCGUAUCGAUUUGAUACAGACAAACCUAUUUUUUUAACGUAAUUACCGGAGAUGUGUGUCAUGAUACGGCGUCAGAAGCUGUAGAUGAGAUGACAUAGUUGUACGUCUCUAGAGGAGAGGACGGGGCCCUUUGCGCCUCCUUGAACCUUGCCGUGUCACUUGUAUGUGAAUGAAACACGGAGCCUUAGGUCUGUGUGGCACGCUACGUGUUCCUGGAGGCUCCCUAGCUCCUUACGGGAACUUCAAAGUCCGGGGACGCUACUGGACGUGAACUUGUACCUGGUACGGGCUCUGUAUGCGCGACAAACCUCAACUCAAAACGGUUCACCACUUGGCUAGAAGGAGCGAUAGUAUUCGUUCUCACGAGCCAAUAAACACCAGGAAUCACGCCCAGUCUAGCCAGAUAUCCCCUGGAGGCCAAUGUCACCUACCAGACGGCCUCCCAAGUCUCCUACCACCCGGUGCAGGUGACACAGCCUGCCCGUGCCACCUUCUACCCGCCGGAGGUGAGCAGAUCCACCCGCUACUCGCGCCACCUUGAACAGGUGAACACGCCCACCUGUCCUUCCCAGGACUCGGAGCAGGCGUCCACGUCCACCUGCGACAUGAGUCGGAAACCCAGCAAGCGGUCCCCAGCGGCCAAGUUUGUGUACGUCACGCCCCCAGCGCCUCAGCAUUGUACACAGGUGCUGGCGACUCUGGUUGUGUCGCUGGGGCCGCUGUGCGCCGGGCUGGGGAAGGGCUACUCCUCCCCGGCACUAGCCUCCAUGGCCAUGCUCUCUGCCCAGGGCCACCACUUCUCCAUCAGCGAAGAUCAAGGCUCGUGGAUAGCUUCGUUGUCACUCCUGGGAGCUUUCUUCGGAGCAGUGCCAGGCGGAAUGGCCAUCAGGUUCGGAAGGAAGCGAAUAUUGUGUGCUGUGGCGAUACCUUUCGCACUGUCGUGGCUAUUGACUGUGGUAGCAUGGAACGUCAACAUGCUGUACGUGGCAGCAUUGACAGGUGGUGUGUGUUCUGCUGUCAUCGCUGUUGUUACGCCUGUCUACAUCAGCGAGAUCGCUCACCCCGAGAUUCGGGGCUGCUUGUGUGCCUUAGCCAAGCUGAGCAGCAACAUUGGCAUGCUGCUCUCCUACCUUUUAGGCGCCUUCCUCAACUGGCGGGAACUAGCCACGGUUACGGCGGUGGCUCCUGUCUGCCUGUUCCUCGCCGCACUAUUCAUCCCUGAAACGCCUAGCUUCCUGCUGUAUCGAGGGCGGGACACCGAGGCAGCUAACGCGCUGCGCUGGCUGCGCGGGUCAGAGACGGACGUGGCGCGUGAGCUGACCACCAUGAAAGCCAACAUCGCCACUCUGCGUCGCGAGACAGACUCCUGUCCGCAACGCGCAGCGCCUCGCGAGCUCCUCCGUCCGCUAUUCAUCACCUGCGGCCUCAUGGUCUUCCAGAAGUUCAGCGGUGCGAACGCCUUCAACUUCUAUGCAGUGCCCAUUUUAGCCAAGACUUUCGUUGGUCUGAACCCGUAUCGCGCAGCAGUCGUGGUGGCCUUCGUUCAGAUCUGCGCCGGAAUGGCGUCUUCGGCACUGAUCGAUACUGUCGGGCGUCGGCCGCUGCUUGUCUUCAGCAACAUGCUCAUGUCCGCGGCACUGGCAGCCUUUGGAGGCUACAUGUACCUGAAGGGUCUUGAUCAAGACGAGAAUCUCCUUGCACGACAGCAAUGGCGGGAUUCAGAUUGGGUCCCUCUCUUCUGCAUACUCGUUAUCGAGAUCGCCUUCGCUCUCGGUGUCUCACCAAUCAGCUGGCUGUACAUCGGGGAACUCUUCCCACUGAAACAUCGGGGGCUUGGCUCUGUGGCAGCUGCUGUGAGUUAUGCCUGCUCCUUCGUCAGUGUGAAGACCUUCGUGGACCUGGAGUCCUUACUUGGGCUGCACGGAGCGUUUUGGCUGUACUCGAGUGUCGCAGCUCUUGCCCUCGUCUUCACACUCAUAUUUGUCCCCGAGACUAAAGGAAAAAGUCUACAGGAGAUGCAGACGGUAGACCUGCAGAAGGAGACGCUCAUAUAGCAGCCAGCCCGCCCACUAGCGCCGCUGCGACCACCCACCGUCCACUGGGAGAUGCCUCCUGGACAGCGGCCCUACAGAGAGAUCCUGCUGUAGGUGCUGGUGCAGGAGCCCAGAGCCCCGGUCCGGCGGCGCCGCCGCCCCGUCUUCCCGCUACUGGUGGUUCCCCCCACCCAAUAUGCGGUGCCGCCGGUGCCCGGGAGCCUCCACGGCCGCAGCCACGCUAGAGGGCGGUCUUGGCCCUAAUUGUGAUAUUCACGCCCGUGCUGUCUUAUUCCCUCUCAAGAGUGUCAUCUUAGUGAAGAAAACACCACUUAUGUGAACUGAGUGUGCUUGAGGACACGAUUUUAGAAGAGCACACUCAGCAGUGACGUGCAAAAUAGGUUCAAAACUUUUUCCGCCUUGUAUUUUCCAUCUUUUUUUCGGAAAAGACAGCUUUGAUAUAGUGUUAAUAACUUCAUGUCUUUACCUGAUGUGGGGCAACUUAUGCUUCCUGUCAUUUCAUGGAAAGUUUAACUCAAGGAGACAAAGUUGUCUUGAAGAAGUAGGCAUGCAAGUGAUAAAGGGCCUUUAUGAAUUUAUAUAUAUAUAUAUAUAUAUAUAUAUAUAUAUAUAUAUAUAUAUA